AUGGUGAAAGAGUACCCUGAUUUCUUCAAAGUCUUCCUCAUAGAGAAGGAUCAUGAGAGAAUGCUUAUCCCAAAUGCUUUUGUGAACUUGCUGCUUUCAAAAAAGACUGUAAUGCCGGAUUUUAUCCUAAGAAAUCACCGAGGUAGAGAUUGGCAUGUGAAAACGCUUAGUAUCGGUCACCAGCUUUAUUUUGAUGAUGGCUGGAAAAGGUUCAAAGAAGAAAAUUCUUUAGAAGAUAAUGACUACAUUGUUUUCACGCAUGUUGAACACAAUGUAUUCAAGUUCAAAAUCCUCGAACUAUCGUCUAUGUGUGAAAAGGAAAAGGUAAAUGAUGAGGUGGAAAAGAAUAAUACUACUGUGAAUGGUGAUAAUGAGAACGAACAUCAACAUUGCAGACCCUGCAAUCCUUGGUGCAUUGGUAGCAGAUCUGCGAUAACAAAACUGAAAGACGUGGAAAUCGAUGCUGAAAUGUAUAUUCAGCAGGGAAACCCAUACUUUUUAACAAGAUAUAUUUAUUACAGACCCAACGAGUUGUAUAUUCCGAAAAAUGUGAUUCAGGAUCUAUGCCUUUGCUUCACAAAGCAUAUAACUCUUGUAUGUUGUCACUGCAAGGAUGUUGGAGGAAAUGAAAAAGGUGCAUAUCAUCAUAUCUUGCCACAAAUCAACACGGAACAUAUUGAAAAGAGAGGCAAAAUACGUAGGUGGAGAGAUGGGCGAGUGUUUGUGCAAGGGUGGGAAGAGUUUUGUAGAAAGAGCAAGAUUACAGAAAAGGAUGUAUGCUUAUGUGAACUUGUGUUGCGCGAAGACGGAACUGUCGAAAUGUUGAGGGUGCAUGUUGUUAAUGUUGGGAAGGAAUGA